AUGGCUACUCUAUCAUCAGCUUCGGCGCAAGCCAUAGCGCGCAUGAGAGCGUACAUCCCACCUCCAACUCCUUAUUACAGCCUUCCCUUGAGCCGCAGAGCCGCCGUCCUAAUAUUAUUGUUCGCCGACAAGAGGGGAGACCUUAGGGUUGUUCUGACCAUCCGGUCCAAACACUUGAAUUCUUAUGCGGGAGAGGCUGCAUUUCCCGGAGGUAAGGCCGAUUCAACCUCAGAAACUGCGUUUCAAAUCGCGCGUCGAGAAGCAUACGAAGAAAUUGGGCUCCCUCUCCUCGACACCGAACUCCCCUGGCCCUACACCAUCGAACACCUAUGUCAAAUGCCAACGAACCUGGCCCGAACCGAACUGGGGGUCCGACCAUGCAUCGCUUUCCUCAGUGCAUCGCGGCUUUCCAAGGAUACGUCACGGCGAAUUCCCACCGCCGAAGAGGCCCUGAUCCCACAUCUGGACCCGAAAGAAGUCGCCGCGGUGUUCACGGCAUCGUUCCAUAACUUCCUGCGGGCAACUGAAGAGCACGUCGCUGCCCCUGCGGGAUCCGCCCCUGGGGCUGAAGCCGCAGGAUUUCCAGCGGAAUGGUAUCGAGGGGAGUGGACCGGGUGGCACGAGAGCCAGUGGAGGAUGCACAAUUUCUUCGUCCCCCGAGCAGGACAAUCUGUCGCGUGGGCGAGGCAGCUUGAAGAAGCCUCCACGGAGGCGGCAAAAGAUCUAGGGACGAGUACGAAGGAUCAACCCAAGCCGACGCGGACCAUGCCAACCUCCAGCACCCUAAGGCAAACAGAUCCCAAGAACGAUCCAACAUAUCCUGUCCGCAUCAAGGAUGCCCCGCCAGACCGGUUCCGUGUCUUUGGCAUGACAGCUCGCAUCUGUGUCGACGCGGCUCGAUUAGCGUAUGGAGAGGAGCCCGAGUUUGAGCACAAUUCCCAUUUCGGUGAUGAGGAUAUGAUACAACGACUUAUGAAAAUCGGGAGAUUGGGACCUAUCAGGAAAAAGGGUGAUCAAAUCACUCAAGAGGUUAUGAUCGCGGCCUCGAAGAUCUAG